CUCUAAGUCACUCCACCUCCCUCUCCCUACCCUGCCUCUUUUAUUUAUUUAUUUUCUUCCUCCAGUUUGCUUUAUCCCUACCUCUCAGCAUCCUCGGUUGUGUGACGAUUUGAGCCGCAGCAGCAAUAGCAGUAGCAGCAUCCAUGGCUUCAUCCCGAGCUCUGAUCGACAGCUAGCCUUUCUGCUACCCCUCCUCUCUCUUUUGCUCUGUCUCACUCGGUAUCUAUCUAUCUCUCUCUCCCUUCUGAGCUAGUUGACAGGCGACGUCUGGGGGUGUUGGAGGCUCACAGUUAGCCAGGGCGUUAGCCGCAAGCACACAGCUGCUCUGCUGCCCAUCAGUUCUACUGUGUCAUUAACCGGGAGCUUCUUCUCUUCUCCCCCUCACGGCACCUCCUGCUUACAUUUCAGGCUCCUUGGAGAUAGAGGAAUGCAAAUCUGCAACCAUGAUGGAAGGAUUGAAAAAACGUACCAGGAAGGCCUUUGGGAUACGGAAGAAAGAGAAGGACAAUGAUUCCACGGGGUCCCCAGACAGAGAUGGUGAACCCCAAGAGGUUGAAUCGAAGAAGACGAAUGGGGCCCCUAAUGGCUUCUAUGGAGAUAUCGACUGGGAAAGAUAUAACUCUCCUGAGGUGGAUGACGAAGGCUACAGUAUCAGACCUGAAGAGGAAUCAGAAGAAGGAGCUGCCACCAAAAAAUCCCACUUCUUCUCUUCUGAUGAGUCCGAGGAAGAGGAGGACCACAGGAAAAAAUUCAAAAUCAAGAUAAAGCCCCUUCCGCCUGAUCGUGUUGUGGCGGCACCCUCAGUCGAUGAGCUCAAAGCCUCCAUAGGCAACAUAGCUCUGUCCCCAUCUCCUCUGAGGAGUCCGAGACGUAGCCCGGGAUUGAAAAGGAACACAUCCAGUGAAGAGAUUGCCAGACCGAGACGUGUUGUCCCUGCUGCACCCACUGUGGCCCCCACACCAGCUCCUGCACCUCAACCCCCCAGUCAGCAAACACCAGUCCCUGAAGACACCACAGCCUUAUUUGGACCUCCUUUGGAAACAGCCUUUGGAGAACAGAAACCUGAAGUGGUUCUAUCUGAAUCUGAUGUGUGGGGGACUUCUCUGUCAGAGCCUGAAUCCUCUUUGACAAGAUCCUUUCCCACAGGAACUCCACCUCCACUUCCACCCAAGAAUGUCCCAAUUUCUCCACCAAAUGCUGGCCCUCCCUCUGCAGAUGAUGCUGAAGUGUCCACAGAAGCAGACAACUCAGCCAGGAAGCCCUCAAUAGCUGACUUAGACAACAUUUUUGGACCAGAGCCAGCUCCCCCUGCUGGCGAGGACACAGGUGAAUCCUGGGUCUGCUUCAGUGAAGAGUCUCAUGACCGGCCACCUCCACCAAAGGACCCUGCACCUCCGCUACCCUCUUCCCCACCUCCACUCCCCUCCUCCCCACCUCCACCAGGGGAACCAGCACCUCCAUUACCAGCCUCCCCCCCUCCACCUGUAUCUCAUGCCCCACCAUUGCCUACAUCACCACCUCCUUUGGAAGACCUUGCACCACCUCUGCCUACUUCCCCUCCCCCAAAAGAUGAUGUUGUUCCCCCUCUACCAACUUCCCCACCUUUUUCAGAACAACAAGUUGCACCUUCUGUCUGUUCAGGACCUCCCACUCCUGAAGUCCAAAAUCCUCUCACACUUUCCACCUCUCCACCCCCUGCAACAGUGGAGCUUUCACCUCCUCCUGUUUCCUCCCCUCCUCCUCUUAACUCACCUCCAAGUGUCCCACCAGCGCCUGCCCCCAAAAUAAGCACCCCUCCAGCAGUGACUUCUCCUGCUGAGGAUCCUGCAGCACGCUCCGUCCCACUGCCCCUUGUUCUCUCUCAAGAGGAGAAACCCACACAUCCCAAAGAGGAUGGAGGUGAAACUGUCACCUCACCCAAAGAUGCCAGCCAAGGGAGUCGAAGUACACCUCCGCCGCCUCCUCCUCCCACAUACCGCGCAGUGGUUUCAUCACCAGGUCCUACAUCUACAGCUGGCGACACAAAUAGUGGUUCCUCGUCACCUGUACGACCUGCCACACCUUCAUCAGUCAACCCCACCCCGCCUCCGCCUCCGCCUCGUCCCCCUUCACGACCCAAACUUCCUCCAGGGAAACCCACAGUAGGAGAAGCAAAUCGCCCGUUCAGCCCACCGAUCCACUCGGCCAGCCCUCCUCCUAUUGCUCCAUUGGCGAGGGCCGAGAGCACCUCCUCCAUCUCCUCCACCAACUCCAUGAGUGCCGCCACCACCCCUACUGUGGGCAAGGAGCUCUCUGUGUCUGUGUCAGAAGAUGAUGUAUAUGUAGACAAACUUCCCACGUUUGAGAGACACUUUGAUUCAUUUGCAGAGAAUGACCAGCCAUCCCUUGUAUGGUUUGACAGAGGGAAGUUUUAUUUAACCUUUGAAGGCUGCUCCCGAGGGCCCAGUCCACUCACCAUGGGUGCUCAGGACACACUUCCUGUGGCUGCUGCAUUUACAGAGACAGUCAACUCCUUCUUUAAAGGAGCAGAUCCCAGCAAGUGUGUUGUGAAGAUCAUAGGUGAGAUGGUUUUGUCGUUUCCGGCGGGAAUCACGCGGCACUUUGCCAAUAACCCAUCCCCCGCCGUGCUAACCUUCAGCAUAACCAACUACAGCCGACUGGAGCAUGUGCUGCCUAACCCCCAGCUCCUCUGCUGCGACACCACCAGGCAAGCCAAGGCUGAUGCCAAGGACUUCUGGGUGAAUAUGCCAAACCUGAUAUCCCAUUUAAAGAAGGUGGCAGAGCAGAAACCACAAGCAACAUACUACAAUGUGGACAUGCUCAAGUAUCAGGUGUCCACACAGGGCCUCCAGUCAACUCCUCUGAACCUGGCAGUGAGCUGGAGGUGUGAGCCCACCAGCACUGACCUGAGGAUAGACUACAAAUACAACGGGGAGGCCAUGUCAACGCCGAUGGCCCUUAACAAUGUCCAGUUCCUCGUCCCUGUUGAUGGAGGCGUUUCAAAACUACAGGCUGUCUUACCUCCUGCUGCAUGGAAUGCAGAGCAGCAACGAAUCCUGUGGAAGAUACCUGAUAUCUCUCAGAAAUCUGAAAAUGGAGGUGUGGGAUCGUUAUUAGCACGCUUCCAACUAACAGAAGGUCCGAGUAAACCAGCUCCACUGGCGGUGCAGUUUACCAGUGAGGGCAGCACCCUGUCAGGCUGUGACAUUGAGCUGGCUGGGCCGGGGUACCGCUUCUCGCUCAUCAAGAAGAGGUUUGCCGCAGGAAAAUACCUGGCUGAUAACUGACCCAUUUUAUCGAGAGCCUCUCUGAACAAACUGACUGCAGUGGACUGAGGUUGACACAGAGGACAGACUGACACCAGACAGACUCUCCAUCAUCCUUUUCUGAACCCACACAACAGGUCUGCAGCCUGCCCAGCAGUAUUGUAUAACUUGCAUAUAGCAUUGUGGAACUGUUAUAGGUCAUGUAAUUAUUGUAUUUGUAUUCAUUUCAUAACAUCUGUAUUGCUGCAGUUAGACACAUGGGUUCUUUCCUCCUCUGAAGUCUGUGCCUCUGUCUCCAUCCUCCUCUGGUCAAUGUGUGGUAGUAUUUUUAAAGUUUUUCACUGCAGCUGCCUGACCAAAGAAUUAGAAGGGACAAAUUUUAGCUCUGGAUGCAGAUUUUUUUUUUUUUUUUUUUGUUGCCCUCAGUUCAGAAAAUUUUGGCCAUUAAAAAAUAUCCUUGAAAAAAAUCUUUGUGGUCAGACAUGCACAUCAAACUAAGACAGAUCCAAAGUUAGACUGGAAUGAGAGGAAGCAAAGCUGAGGAUUAGUAUUUAGUAAGUUAUAAACCAUCAUUAGCUCAAAAGAAACACAGAGCUAUCAAUAAACAGCCCAGCUCUCAAAGUCGGGGAUAAAAGUGUGAGUGCUGUGCUCACUGUUUUGCACUGAUCCAAGUAACUGCUUCACCCAACAGCCAUCAGCUGUCACAAAUAAAAGUGCUUCUGUUGGUGCUUGUGUGCGAGCUACGGUAUAUGAAACUAGAUUUUCAAGCAUCACCUACUGGUAUUACAGGGUCGUAUGACAUCUUUCUAAAUACACCAAUUAGCCAGGCAAACCAAUAUUUUAUUUCUCUGAUUUAGACUCACACACACGCACGCACACACACACACACACACGCUAUCGUAAUAUACUGGGAAGUUGUAAGCACGUUAGGCAGCUGCAAUGACGAGUCAGUUCACUGGUAAAAUAAGGAAAUAUGUUUUUGCGUCAGAACAAGUGUACAAAGUGUCAUUUUAAGUCAAUGUAUAUCUUAAAGGGCGUUUGGUGUUUUCCUUGUAUUGUCAGAUAGCCUUCCUGUUGUUCCCAGGACAGCAGUGUUAGACUGCAGAGUACAUGACAGCAUUCUAUUUUUAUUUAUUGAUGACAAUGACUUGUUGUAUAAAACGUGAUUCUGUAUAUGAAUAGAGUUUGAAUGGUAUCACAUGACUCAGAACCCUUAAAGGUAUAAAUAUUUGAAUUCUCUCCCCUUUUUUUUGUUAUCUGUGUAGUUGGGUAACCUGUGUACAGUAUAAGGUCUAAUUUUUGAAUUUAUUUCAGAUAUAAUUUUUUAACUCAAGUGCAACAAAAUAAUUGAGCUAUAUAUGGGUGGGGGAGGGGUAAUUUAAAGAAAAAGAUAAAUAUCUUUCUGGAUUCUGUGUAAUGCUUUGUGAAAGCAGUGUUAUUGUAGAGCUAGCUAUUACAUGGCCAAGGUUCACACUUUGAAGAAUAAGUUUGACAUUUUGGUUGAUGUGAGUGAUGAAAUAAUCAACUGUGCUGCAUCUGCCAGGAAACUGUUAGCAUACCAGAAAAACAGGGAAGGGCUAGCCUGUCUGUGUCAACACAUCUAAAGUUCCCUGAUUAAACUGCUUUGUUAAUACAAAGGUGUAUAAAUACCUUGUGUAUCGGUUAUUAAAAGUUAAAUUUAGCUUGAGAGUUGCCCAUGUGGCUCUGUAAAUGCUAAUGAUGUUCAAGCAACCAUUUAAAAAAAAUUUUUUUUUUUAUUAAUCAAGUCUAAGCAUUUAUUUCUCUGUGUGGAUGAAAUGCGAGCACUUGAGUAACACCCUGUCCUUUUAUCUGGCGCCACCAGAAGGGCAGACCUGCUUUAUCAAAUACAUGUUCCCUCAACAUUUCCAUUAGUCUCAUUUCUACUUGUUCUGUUGAGCUCAUUUUAGUGGGCUAACAUGCUAAAUAAGUGAUAAUAUGGUGAACAUGUGUUCAACUCAUUAUCAUAUUAACAUUUAGCUCAACACGUUGCUGCGCUGACUGUAGACACUUCAGCCUCUUUUAUGUUUUGGGAAAGCUAGGUUAGCUGUUUACCUCCAAUUUCAGUUUUUCUGUUAAGCUGAUAUGGAUCCUGGCUACAGGCUCAAGGUUGACUGUUGACAAGAAAUUGAAUGUUUUUCUUUGAUUUUUUUUUUUUUUUUCCCCAAAAAAUGUCAAACUCAUACUUCAAGUAAGACAGUGACAAUAAAAACAACCGCAGAGAUGAAGUUUAGUGACCGUGGUACUAGUAUUGGAACAGGAAUUGUUUACUGGGACCAGCUCAUCUCUUUAAUUCAGACCUAACAAUAUGGAAACCUUGAUCGUCUGACGUUCUCAGUUCUUUCAUCUACCUUCAGUUUGAUUGUGGCUCAAGAGUAAACCUUCCUUCCUGUUUCCAUUCACCUCACUGGUACCUAAACUCCCUCAUAUCAUACCCUCAUAUCAAGAGCAAAUCCCAGUCAUCCAGUCAGUGUUUGAAUCCAUGGCUUUAUUUUGCAUAAUUGUAAUGGUCUCUGUGAGAUGACAUGAUUUAAAUGAGGUUGUGGAGCAAGGUUAAGUCGACCAAAAUGCUUUCUUUCUUUCUUUCUUUCUUUGUAUUUUAUGUGUGUGUAGCCCGGACAGUCAGUCCUCUGUUAAAGAGAAUAAGCUGAAUAUUUUUAAAAUGGAUAAAAAUGGAAAAAAAAAAAAAUGUUUAAUGUGAAAAAACACUGUGCUGAUACUGUUGAACUUCCUGAAUGCUCUGACACUCGACAUGAAGAACAAAAGGUGUGUGUGAAGUGUAGCCGAAAAACCUCCGUACUGUACUGUGUGUUGGCAUUCUGCUAAAUGUAACCAAUCGUGGUCCUUUCAGCGGUGUCGUACAAGCAUUUUAAGCUGAUUUAGGACAGUAACGAGUCAUCAGUACUCCUAUUCAGCGAUGCAGUACUUUUGACUGGAUGUAGUUUUUAAAUAUGUAGUUAGUUCAGAUCUGGGCUUUGCAGUUAAAAUGAGUGUUCAUUUUUACUUUUACUUUGUGCAGACCCAGAGUGAGAGAACACUGCAGUUGCAUUUUGUUGGUAUGAGGGACGAUGGAUGAUUGGUGCCAUUUAGUUCUUGGUAAAACCUUUGUUUGGUAACUUUUUCUUUCAGUCAUGUGGGUCUUUCAUCUAGCUAAAUGGAUGACUACAUGCCUGAGAAAAUAUUGUUACCUUCUUAGUGAAUCCCGAAGGUAUCGGUGCAACAGUCACUGCAGCAUUAUCUCCAGAGACCCACCAUACACACCACCCACCAUGCAUCAGUUUAGAAUUACCCCUCCGCUAAUGGUUACAUGUCUUUCAGUUUUAAAAGCAACAAAUUCAAACACUCACAAGAGUGUUUGAAUUUUUCAACAGGUGGAACAAAACGCAUAUUUUUCAAGAGCUUUGUCUUUGUGGUGAAUUGGUAUUAUUGCAUUUAGAGCAUGCAGUGAAAAGGUGGGGCUUCUGUAAUGAUAGUACUGAAAUGACAUGUUGUGCUGAGUGUCAGUUACCAUGUAUUAAUGUUGAGAAGAGAACAAGGUGUGUUUAUGUGUGUUAUAAGCAAGAAUGCUUUUUGGUUCUUUACCAUUAACCUCAAACACAUGUGAAAGCUGUUUGUACAGUACAUAACAAUGCUAAGAUCAUCUGAGAAAUUUAGUUUGCUUCUUUCCAAAACCAAUAAAAGUUAUAACUGGA